GAUUACGCGGACUGUUAGGAUUAUUUGUUGAACUAAUUGUUGUUUACAUAUAUUAUGUCUUAAUUAUGUAUAUUUUUAUUCAUUUACAAAUUAUAAAACAUGGUUUAAAAUAAUUAUUUUCAACAGAACAAUUUAAUUUUAAGUGAUUUUUAAUAAUUUUUGUUUGUUGGCGGUAUUGAGUUUCACAAGAGGCAACAGAGAACUCUGCUGAAGUUGAUGACCAAGAUAUGGGUUCUAAACGUAAGGAUAGAUCUGAAAAAACAGAUGAAGGGGAAAAAAAGAAAAAACAUAAAAAGGUCAAAAUAAAAGAAGAAACCGCUAGUGAUAUUGAAAUUGAAGACUCCAAAGUUAAAGAGUCAGAUCACAUAAAUGUUUUCAAAGAAGAGCCAAUAGAACAUGUCGACCAUGAAGAUAAUGAAACUAUUAAUAUGCGUGAAGAGGAUCUAUCAGAGCUUUUUACUAAAAUAGAACAAGUUCUUCCAGAACAAGAUACCAUGUCUUAUAGUACACGAGUAGAAAAACUCAAAUGGGAAGAUGUUGCAUUCAAGAAUUAUUCUGCUGAAGAAUGCAAAAAAACUUGGCUCCUUGUUCAAAAAAGAGUACGAAGGUUUAGAAUUUUGAAAGAACUUCUGCAUGAUGCAAAAGACUGGUUAAAUAAACCAUGGACCAACUUUUAUCGUGGUAACAAAAUGAACCGUCACCCUGAUAUGCCAAGAAAACCAUUAUCUUCAUACAUGAUAUUCUACAAGAAAAAGAGAGACAAAAUCAUAAAAGAGAAUCCAGGAAUGGAUAUUACUGAAGUCACAAAAAUUAUUGCACAAAUGUACAAGUCCAUAUCUUCAGAAAAGAGGCAAAAAUACAACAAACUUGCUGCUGAACAAAAAAAACAGUAUGAAGAAAAAUUACAAGAGUUUUACAACCAACAUCCUGAAGUGCCAAGACUUGUUAACAAAUCUGUUACCCAGGGUCCAAAAAGACCCCUGACGCCAUUUUUACUUUUCUUCCAAAGCCAAAUUAAAAACAUGGCUCCUGAGGAUAUUGAUAAAGCAACCAUUAAAGAGCAGUGUAGGGAGCUUUGGAAAAACUUUCCUGAUAAAAAGAGACUUGUUUGGAUAGAGUUAGCUUUAGAACACGAAGCAAAAUAUCUUCAAGAUAUAAACAAAUACAAGCAGAUGAACCCUGACUUUGAGCCUCCACCGUUUAAGUCUAUUUUAACUAAAGAAGAAAGAGCUCUCAAAGAACGGCUGUUAGAUGGAAAACCUGUCAAACCUCCUAAUUCUGCUUACAGUUUAUUUUCUACAAAGAUGCUACAAAGUGAAGAAAUAAAAAGUUGUCCAUUGAAAGACAGAAUGAAUUACAUUUCAGGUUUAUGGAAGAAUAUGAGUGAGAUGGAGAAGAAAGAAUAUAUUGAUCAGACAAAACAGUUAAUAGAACAAUACAAGUUAGAUUAUGCAAGUUAUAUUAAAGCACUUCCCAAAGAAAAGCGCCAAGAAGAAUUGAAGACCCUGUCAAAAAGAAAACAGAAAUCCAUGAGUGAAAUCAAUAAUCAUACUCCAAAGAAAAAACGAAAAGAGAAAGCGGUAAAAGUAGAGGUGAAAGAAGAAGAAGAAGAAGAAGAGGUGCAAGAAGAAGUCAGUUUAAGUGAACAGCCUUUGGAAAAUGAUAAUGAAGUUGAGGAAUCAUUGAUGGCUAAAAUCGUCGCAUUAGAACCUGAACAGCCUCCCUUGAAUGCAUUUGGUUUGUUUCUUAAAAAUUNGAAGAACUUUAACGGUCUUGAAUGGUUUCAUUUUAUUGGCCGAAUUUGUAUGAUAUUUGUAUGUUUAAUAUAUGGUUUACUAAGGCAAAAAUUACAGAACCGUCACCCUGAUAUGCCAAGAAAACCAUUAUCUUCAUACAUGAUAUUCUACAAGAAAAAGAGAGACAAAAUCAUAAAAGAGAAUCCAGGAAUGGAUAUUACUGAAGUCACAAAAAUUAUUGCACAAAUGUACAAGUCCAUAUCUUCAGAAAAGAGGCAAAAAUACAACAAACUUGCUGCUGAACAAAAAAAACAGUAUGAAGAAAAAUUACAAGAGUUUUACAACCAACAUCCUGAAGUGCCAAGACUUGUUAACAAAUCUGUUACCCAGGGUCCAAAAAGACCCCUGACGCCAUUUUUACUUUUCUUCCAAAGCCAAAUUAAAAACAUGGCUCCUGAGGAUAUUGAUAAAGCAACCAUUAAAGAGCAGUGUAGGGAGCUUUGGAAAAACUUUCCUGAUAAAAAGAGACUUGUUUGGAUAGAGUUAGCUUUAGAACACGAAGCAAAAUAUCUUCAAGAUAUAAACAAAUACAAGCAGAUGAACCCUGACUUUGAGCCUCCACCGUUUAAGUCUAUUUUAACUAAAGAAGAAAGAGCUCUCAAAGAACGGCUGUUAGAUGGAAAACCUGUCAAACCUCCUAAUUCUGCUUACAGUUUAUUUUCUACAAAGAUGCUACAAAGUGAAGAAAUAAAAAGUUGUCCAUUGAAAGACAGAAUGAAUUACAUUUCAGGUUUAUGGAAGAAUAUGAGUGAGAUGGAGAAGAAAGAAUAUAUUGAUCAGACAAAACAGUUAAUAGAACAAUACAAGUUAGAUUAUGCAAGUUAUAUUAAAGCACUUCCCAAAGAAAAGCGCCAAGAAGAAUUGAAGACCCUGUCAAAAAGAAAACAGAAAUCCAUGAGUGAAAUCAAUAAUCAUACUCCAAAGAAAAAACGAAAAGAGAAAGCGGUAAAAGUAGAGGUGAAAGAAGAAGAAGAAGAAGAAGAGGUGCAAGAAGAAGUCAGUUUAAGUGAACAGCCUUUGGAAAAUGAUAAUGAAGUUGAGGAAUCAUUGAUGGCUAAAAUCGUCGCAUUAGAACCUGAACAGCCUCCCUUGAAUGCAUUUGGUUUGUUUCUUAAAAAUUAUUCUGGAAAAAAGCCGGCAAAAGACGAAUUUAAUAAACUAAGCCGAGCAGAAAAACGUAAAUUGGAAAAAGAAGUGCAAAAUUUGAAGAAAGCUUAUAUCAAAGACUAUGAAGAAUUUCUGAAUGGUUUAACAAAGAAGCAGUUAAAAACUUUUUCAAAGUGGUCAAAAAAGAGGGAUGAGAAUAAAAAAGAUCCUGAAAUAAGUAAAAUGGGAAAAGCUGAAGCCGAAGUAUCAUCAUCUUCUGAUUCAGAAUCAGAUUCGUCUAGUUCAUCUUAAUUUCUUUACAUAUUAGUUUGGUGAAAAUAGGGACAUCACCUAUACCUCCAUUCAUUUUAUAAAUUUGACAAAAAGGGGUAAUGAAUGUAUUAAUCUAAAAAAACUUAAUCGAUUGCCAGUGAAAGUGACAGUGGUAUAAUAAUUUUUUUAGACAUAUUCUAUUUAAAAAUGUUAUUUCCAAAUGUGUUCGUUACAAAAAUUAUGUUGAAGUUGUCCAAAUUUAUUACUUUUAAAAGAAGUAUUAAUGCGCUUAUUCAUGUAUAAAGAUCUGAACAAUGGUGAACCUGAAUACAUAUAAUUAUAUCAGCAAAAUACAUUAUCUUGUUUCAGAAUUAUAGAUUUACCAUCAUUAGUUCAUUUGCCUUAAGCAAAUGUAAUUAAUUUAUUUGAGUAUCAACUUGAUUAAUUGGUAAUAGAAGUAUUUCUUAUUCUUAUAUUAGUAAGAGUGUAAUUUUUAAAUUAGUGCUUUGUGGUACUUCACAAUUUUUUGUAUGAUUCAUUAUUCUUAUCAAUUAUUUAUUGAUGUACCUAAUUUGGAAAAUAUUAUCCCUAAUUUACUGAAAUUGUAAUGCAUUGUGAACUGAUAAGUUUUCUGUUUUAUAGAUUUUUUUAAUAAAAAAACUUUCCAACCAUUA